GCUGAUUGUGUGCUGCACGAUGGUGCGCCAAAUGUUGGCGGGAACUGGAUUCAGGAUGCAUUCCAGCAGAAUUGCUUAACAUUAUCCGCUUUGAAAAUUGCAACACAAAUUUUGGCCAAGAAUGGUGUAUUUGUGACGAAAGUUUUUCGCUCCAGCGAUUAUCACUGUCUGAUAUCAGUAUUUGAAAAACUUUUCAAAAAUGUUCAUGUCUGGAAACCAUCUGCUUCACGCUUGGAAUCUGCUGAGAUUUUCGUGGUCUGUGAGAAAUACCAGAAACCGGAAAAGCUCGAUCCUGAUCUUCUGGAUCCCAAAAAAGUAUUCGCAGAAGCAGCACAACAGUCGAUCACCUCGAAUCCUCAACUAAUUUUACAAACACGGAAGAAAACGAAGAAGGUGCAAGCCGCUGGUUAUGACAGCGAAACAGUUUUGCUCUAUAAAACUAUUAGUGCUACAGAUUUCAUUCGGAGUUCCAAUUAUUUUGAUUUAUUGGCUUCUGCAAAUAAGAUUGUUCUGGAUGAUGAGAAGUUGGCCAACUCUGAGCUGACAACAGAUGAAGUGAAAUUUUGUCUCGAAGAUAUUAAAGUGUGUGGUGUCAGAGAGCUACGGCAAAUUCUACAGUGGAGGCGAAACAUUCUUAAGGAAAUUAGCGAGGAAGAAGCUUUGGAGGGUGGUGAAGCAACAGGAAAAAGCGCCGCACCCGUGAUUGAUCCUGAGUAG